UCAUCAAAAGCUCUCAAAUUCUUUUCUCAUCCACCAAGAGAAAAAGGUAGUAAGAAAAAAAGAAGAAAGAUAAACAAACAAGAAGCAGGUGGGAGCGAGUGUCUUCAACCUCGGAAACCAACCACAGUGAGACAUGAGAGGACAAACAGAUAGAAGCACCAACCCAAUGAUAGGGACAUCAACAACAACAACCACCACAGCACCGCCGCGACGACCCAUUUUCACCCGAACAACCACCUUGUUCCACCGGAUCCGCUCCUCUUUCCUCGCUUCCUUCCUCAACAGACCCCACUCCCUCCCUUUCCUCCUCUCCAUCUUCCUCUUCCUCGCUUGGAUCUCCCUCCGCGCCCACCGCCCCUCCUCCCACCCUCUCCCUCGCCCCUCCCUCAACCACGACGUCAUGGCCAACCUCCGAAGAUUCUCCUCAACCACCGUCCCUUCCCGUGUCGCCAAGGACAAUCGGGGUUGGUUGCUCGACCCUAUCUCCCUCGCCCUCGCUUCUGGCCUCUCCGGUGGAGCUGUUACGUGUGCCUCGCUUCAUGUUGGUGAAAUUCGCCCUGGAAAGUUGAGAGGGAAUCACAGGCACCAUGAUUGUAAUGAGACUUUUGUCAUUUGGGGUGCUGCAACCAGGUUUAGGUUGGAGAACAGUGAGGUAACCGAUAGUGGUUAUGCUGAAGUGACCAUUGGCCCCGAUGAGAUUGCUGUUGCUGCCAGCCCUGGUCAUACAGCGCAUGCUUUGGUCAACAUUGAUCCUGUUAGGAGUACCUUCUUUAUAGGAUGCCAAGACAGUAUUAUAAACUACAAUGCCUCAAGUAGUGACUUUAAAGUUUGGAAUGAUCUUUAAGCUGUUGCUCUUUAUGGAUUUUUCCAUCAAAAUGUACCUGAGCCUUAAUCUCAGCGCGAUGUUGCUGCACAUACAGCAAGUGAGUUUUUUAGUUGUCUAUAUGUGUACAGAACUUAGUUUCACAUUCAGUUAGUGAGUGUGAGCAUUUUAUUUUGUGUGUACAAAAAAGAAAGACAGAUUGAAAGGAGGUUUAUGGUCUUUGUCUAUUCUUUAGCAGAAGGGAAAAAUGCAUUUGGGGAGUUCCUUUGUACUGUUUGGAAAGAGGUUCCUUGAUGAUGAAUUCUUGAUUUUUAACCAUUAGGUCAGGUCAGCUGAUCCUUCCCUUAAUUUUUUGUUAAGAGGUUAACUGAAAUGUUGUGACUAAAUCUGAAUUAUAUAUAUAAUAAACAUGAAUAUUUGAUUUA